CUUUAAAUGGUCGUGAGUGGGCGCCGAUGCAGGAACCCCGCUGGACUGGCAAUGACUCCCAGUUCUGACAAUUUUUUGUGGUGUGAGCCAGGGUCUUGUAAGUACCGAGAAACUGGGAAGGAGUCACUGCCUACCUCUAUUAAGUGACAGCACCCUCCUCUCCUUCUGCGGUUGCCCCUUUCCUGUUUCCCACCAUAUCCUCGCCCCGCUGGCAGCUUGGCAAAGCACCAUGGAGACGACGCUGCCGCUGCCCUUCGUCGUCAGUGUCAAUGUCCCUCCUGGACUCGGGGGUGAAAAGGAGGGGCUCAACCGCGAGGAAGUUUCGUGUCUUGGUUGCGUCUUCUUGAAUGUUGCUCCCCAGACCCUCGACAAGAUCCUGCGCUUCCUCGGGCGCCACAACUCCGAGUUCCAGUCCUUCUUCGACGUGACGCGCCUCGAGUCCCGCGACGACGUUGUCUCGCUUCUCGACGCCGGUGCCCGCAAGGUCUUCGUCCGCCCCGAGCAACUGCCCGACCUUGCCGAGUUCGGCUCCCGAGUCGCCCCCGCCGUGAGCGGCAGCAGCGCUGGUCAACUGGCCUCCGCAGGCCAGCAUGGACUGCUCGUGUCCGACUUCGACCAGAUAGCUGCCGAGGCUGCGCAGUUCAUCCAAGAGAGCCAGGCGAAGAAGUUCAAGCACUUGUUCCUUCGGCCGGUCCCGGGCACCGACUUGCAGAGCUUCAUCGGCAUUGCGGCGCAGUGCAAUGCCAUACCCAUCCUGCCCUCGACCGGGUUGGCGAGCAAAGACCAAGCUGGAAAGCUGGCGGUGCCCAAGAUCCUCGCCGCUGCCUGGCAUUCUGACCGACCGGACGGCCUGAUUCCCACAGUCGUCGUUGACGAACACGACACAGCUUUGGGCCUGGUGUACAGUAGCGAGGAGAGCGUUGGAGAGGCGCUGAGGACCCAGACGGGCGUUUACCAAAGCCGGAAACGCGGCCUGUGGUACAAGGGGGCCACAUCUGGCGAUACGCAGGAGCUGGUCCGGAUAGCGCUGGACUGCGACAACGACGCGCUCAAGUUUGUCGUCAGGCAAAAGGGGCGCUUCUGCCACCUGGAACAGUCGGGCUGCUUCGGGGAUCUCAAGGGCAUCGCCAAGCUGGAGAAGACCCUUUUGUCAAGGAAACAGUCGGCGCCGGCCGGUUCGUACACGGCUCGCCUCUUCUCGGACGAGAAGCUUCUGCGGGCCAAGAUCAUGGAGGAGGCUGAGGAGCUCUGCGACGCGAAGUCGCCUGAAGAGGUUGCAUUUGAGGCCGCGGACCUGAUCUACUUUGCCCUCACCAGGGCCGUGGGCGCUGGCGUGACGCUGGCCGAUAUCGAGAAGAACCUCGAUGCCAAGAGCUUCAAGGUCAAGCGCAGGACAGGUGACGCCAAAGGGAAGUGGGCUGAAAAGGAGGGUAUCAAACCUGCUGCAAGUGCGCCCCCGUCGGCCCCAGAAGUCAAGGAGACGCCCAAGGAGGCUGCUUCGGAUAAGAUCACCAUGAAGGUCUACGACAUGGCCAACGUCUCGGCUGAGGAGCUCGACGAGGCCCUGAAACGGCCGUCGCAGAAGUCCUCCGAGACCAUCAUGAAGAUCAUUACGCCCAUCAUUGACGACGUGCGGAAGAACGGGGACAAAGCUGUGCUCGCCUACACUCACAAGUUCGAGAAGGCGACGUCGUUGACAUCCCCAGUUCUCAAGGCGCCGUUCCCCGAAGAGCUCAUGCAGCUGCCGGCCGAGACAAUCAAGGCGAUCGAUGUGUCAUUCGAAAACAUCCGGAAGUUCCACGCGGCCCAGAAAGAGGAGAAGCCCCUGAGGGUCGAGACGAUGCCUGGCGUCGUCUGCAGCCGCUUCUCGCGGCCGAUUGAGGCGGUCGGUCUCUACGUCCCCGGCGGCACCGCCGUGCUCCCGAGCACAGCGCUCAUGCUUGGUGUCCCGGCCAUGGUCGCGGGCUGCAAGAAGAUCGUCCUCGCGUCACCGCCACGGCCAGAUGGCACCGUCACGCCCGAGAUCGUCUACGUCGCGCACAAGGUCGGCGCCGAGUCGAUCGUGCUGGCUGGCGGCGCCCAAGCGGUUGCCGCCAUGGCAUAUGGCACCGAGAGCGUAAGCAAGGUGGACAAGAUCCUCGGCCCCGGUAACCAGUUCGUCACGGCGGCCAAGAUGUUCGUCAGCAACGACACCAACGCCGGUGUCAGCAUCGACAUGCCAGCGGGGCCGUCCGAGGUUCUCGUGGUCGCCGACAAGGACGCGAACCCGGCGUUCGUCGCUUCGGAUCUCCUGUCCCAGGCCGAGCACGGCGUCGACAGCCAGGUGGUGCUGAUCGCUGUGGAUCUCAGCGACGCGCAGCUGGCGGCCAUCGAGGACGAGCUGCACCGGCAGGCGAUGGAGCUUCCGCGGGUGGAUAUCGUGCGCGGCUCCAUAGCCCACUCGGUCACGGUGCGCGUCAAGACGGUGGACGAGGCGAUGGCGAUCAGCAACAAGUACGCGCCCGAGCAUCUGAUCCUCCAGCUCAAGGAUGCCGAGAAGGUGGUGGACAAGGUCAUGAACGCCGGCAGCGUCUUCAUCGGCGAAUGGACCCCGGAAAGCGUCGGCGACUACUCUGCCGGCGUCAAUCACUCGCUGCCUACCUACGGCUUUGCCAAGCAGUACUCGGGCGUCAACCUCGCGUCCUUUGUCAAGCACAUCACCAGCUCGAACCUGACGGCCGAGGGUCUCCGGAAUGUUGGCGAGGCGGUGAUGCGGCUGGCCAAGGUGGAGGAACUCGAGGCUCACCGGAGAGCCGUCAGCAUCCGGCUGGAACACAUGAACCGGUGAUUCCAGCGUUGGAUUCCUUUCUUUCUAGUACCCGUGUAGAUAGCAUCUUGGUUGAAAAUCGGACAUCAAGCUUCCAUUUGUCAUGUUCAAGCCGUCGACCAUCGACCUCGGGCCUAUUUUUAUCUCGUGGAUUUGCGCACUGUACUGU